AUGACACGCAAAAGAAAAGAAGUACUCAAGGAUUCUGAAGAAGAGAAUAUUUCUGAUUCUGAAGAGUCUACUCCAAGAUUAUCGACUAAUGCCGCAAUAAAACAUCAAAUAGGGUCUAUUGUCCGUGUAAACCUCAAAAAUUUUGUAACAUAUGAUUCAGUAGAAUUUUAUCCCGGACCUAAUCUUAAUAUGAUUAUUGGUCCCAACGGCACUGGUAAAAGUACGAUUGUUUGUGCAAUUGCUCUUGGAUUAGGCUGGAAUACUCCGCUGCUUGGACGUGCAAGAGAAAUUUCAGAGUUCGUUAAACAUGGUCAAGAACGUGCUUCGAUAGAAAUCGAAUUGAAAAAUAAGAGAACAAACGUAGUUAUUAUGCGUAUCAUUAAAAAAGCUAAUAAUACUUCUCAAUGGAAGUUGAAUGGAGAAAACGUUUCUCUUAAAGAGAUUAACAACAAGGUGAACUCACUUAAUAUUCAGGUGGAUAAUUUAUGUCAAUUCUUACCUCAAGACAAAGUAAGUGAAUUCGCUCAGUUGUCACCUCCUGAAUUACUUGUACAAACUCAAAAAGCGGUUGGUGAAAAAGAGAUGUCGGAAUGGCAUGAAAAAUUAAUAAAGUUGAGAGAAGAAGAGAAAUCAUUAUCGACGUCUGCUAAUGAUGAAGAACAACAAGUUUCGAACCUUGAAAAAAGAAAUGAUAUCCUAGAAAGAGAUGUUAUGCGUUUCAGAGAAAGAGAGGCCAUUCUGAGACGAAUUGAACUUUAUGAAUUGAAGAUUCCUUUUGAACGUUAUUAUGUUGCUAAAAGUAAAUAUGAUAAAGCAAAGCAACAACGCGCUGAGUCUCACCUUACUUAUCAGAACCUCCUGAAAGAAAAUAAACCCAUGAGUGAAAAAAAAAGUCAACUUGAGGAAAUUACAAAGGACACCUUUAAUGAAAAGAAAUUAUGCUCAGAAUCAUUUUUCCGGAAAAAGAGACAAAUGGAAGAUACUUCGAAUAAAUUGGAUAAAUUGGGUAAUGACUGUGAUGAUGUUCGUAGAAAUUUAAAUAGUAUGAAAAAGAAAGAAAAGCAGAGAGAAAAUAAUAUUGCACAACUUCGAACAGAAAUUACAAGGUUGGAGGAAAUGACUUCUGUUCAGCCUAAAGAAAUUGAUACUUCCGCAAUAAGAGACCAACUUGAAGAACUUUCUAUUCGAAUGCGAAAAGUUCAACUCGACGGUAAUGAAAUUAAUGUUAAACAAGAGGAAUUGGCAGACGAAGAAAGACAAAUUCAGAGCCAAAUUACUUAUAUAAAUCAACAACGUCGAGAACUUGAAGAUAAAAAGAAACGUCGACUCGAGAGCCUUCGAUAUGAACAUCAUACACUUGAAGCUGUUCAAUGGUUGCAUCAAAAUAAUGAUAAAUUGGUUGCUCGUGUUUUUGAUCCUAUUUGUGUGGAAAUUAAUGUUAAAGAUGUUCGAUAUGCAGAUGCUGUAGAAACCGCAAUCGGACAAAAUUAUAGGACCUUCGUUUGUGAAUCCGAUGAUGAUUAUCACACAAUUACAAAAGAACUUUGUGAUGUGCGUAAGUUAAAGAUUAAUGUUGUAUGCUUUUCUCAUAAAACUAUGAAUGAUUUUCCUCCUCCUAUGCAUCAUGAUGAGCUAAGAAGAUUUGGAUUUGACUGUUAUCUAUUGGAUCAAAUUGAAGCUCCAAUAACGUUACUUACCGCGCUUUGUAAUUUGUCAAAUUUGAAUAGAAUUCCAGUGGCAUUACAAGAUGGAAAUAUCAAUCAUAGAGAAAUUGAGAGGUCUCGUUUGUUUUUUAGAUAUUUUGUUGGAGAUACAUCAUAUUCAUUGAUGUGGUCAAAGUAUGGAGAAAGACUAUCACAAUCUUUUACAACUAGAAUUAGAACUGCUACGAUACUUAAAGAUUCAAUUAAUAUUGAGCAAAAGCGUGUGCUUGAACAACAAUUUCAAGAGUUUCAAGCGUCUUUAACCAGGAUUAAUAAUUCUCAUAAUGAAUUUAUUAGAGAGGAAGAAAAAUUAAGAGAGACAUAUGAAAAGUUGCGUGAAGAAAAGAAUGUUCUCAAUGAACAAAAACGACAACUUCAACAAGUAAUGAGAGAUUAUCAACGAAAUAAAAUCAUACUCGAGGAGGAAGAUGAACUAAGAGAAAAAAUAUGUGAAAUUGCUAAAAAACGAGCUAGAGCUGUCGGACAUUUUCAGAAUUUGUUAGAAGAAAGUAUGGAAUUCUUUAGUAAACGCAAUGAAGCCACCUUGAAAUAUAUUCAAGCUUCAUCAGAUCUUAUUGCUCUGGAGGCUCAAACGCAGCAAAUUGAUGACGCUUUGAAACGAGCACAUGUUGACUUUAAAGAAGUUGACAGAAAGUUUAAUCAAGCUAAAGCCGAAGCAAAAAGGUUGUGGGAUGAAUGCAAUUCGAACAAUAUUCAGAAUGAAACAAUGCAUGAAAUUAACGAGCUUUGUCAAAACAUGACAUUGGAAGAGCUCGAAGAUGCUGUUACUUCCGAACGAGCCAAGGCCGAAAUGCAUUAUGCCGUAGAUCCUCGUGUAAUAGAUCUAUACAAUAAGAGGAAAGCUGAUAUCGAAUCUUUAAAAUCAAAAUUAGCUGUCAAAACUAAUCGUUUAUCUAGACUGAAGAAUGAAAUGACAGUAAUAAAGGAAAAUUGGGAACCUAAACUGAUUGAAUUAAUCGAAAAAAUAAGCAGUACAUUUUCGGAUGCUUUUGAUCGUAUAGGAUGUGCUGGUGAAGUUCGUAUCAGCACCCAUGAAGAUUAUGAGAAGUGGGGUAUCGAUAUUUUGGUGAAAUUCAGGGAUAAUGAAAAAUUACAAAUAUUGACUGCUCAGAGGCAAUCUGGCGGAGAACGAUCUGUAUCUACAAUUAUGUACUUAAUGGCGCUUCAAGAACUUGCCAAAGCUCCAUUCAGAGUUGUUGAUGAAAUUAAUCAAGGAAUGGAUCCACGAAAUGAAAGAUUGGUUCAUAGUCAAAUGAUUCAGACCGCGUGCCGUCCUAACACAUCCCAAUAUUUCUUAAUUACUCCAAAACUAUUACCGAACCUGGAAUAUCACAAGCGAAUGAAGAUAUUGUGUAUUUAUAACGGAGAGUGGCAGCCAGAAAAGAUGGACUGGCGUAAAUAUAUAAAAAAUCGCAAAAAUUAA